UAUCGACCAAUCAGAAACGAAGAGUGUCGGAUUAGUUGAGCCUGCGACGUAUACAUUUUGGAAUGCAAGUAGUGACCAGUGAAAAGAUGGUGCUUUAAUGCCUAGUCAGAACACGAAGAAAUCCGAAGGGAUCGACAGAAAGGAAGACGGCAGAACUAGAGUGCAGUUAAAGAAACUAUCCAGGCAGUGCGCGUAUACGGUGAUUUUGCUGUAUUUUCCGGCAUAAUCAUCGUACCUCGCGGGCUAAGCCCAUAAUCUGAGUGUCAGUUGUGAACGGGACGGUAGAAGAGAGAAAUGGCCUGCGCCACACUAAAAAGAUCUUUGGAGUUCGACCCGGUACAUAGUCAUGGUCGUCCUAGUAAACGACGACGAUGUGUACCAAUGUGUAUUUCCCCUGGCACAUCGACCCAAGCUAAUUCCAGGCCACAAAAUCCUUCGCCCUUCGGCGAAGUAACCCAUAAACUGACGCCUGAAAAAAUGGCUGCCAACAUAAGAGAAGAGAUUCGGAGACUGCAUCGACGCAAACAAUUGCAUUUUAGUCCUCAAAACAAUACUGGUGAUUCUUCAGACAUGGAAGGCCCUCCUUCUAGUCCAUCUGCUUGUGGUUCAAAUUCAUGUAGUUAUAGUGGAAAAGAGAAACCUUUAUUUACAUUCAGACAGGUGGGAUUGAUCUGUGAACGAAUGCUUAAAGAACAGGAGACACAAAUUCGAGAAGAAUAUGAUCAGAUUUUAAAUAUGAAACUUUCUGAGCAAUAUGAUGCUUUUGUUAAAUUCACCUAUGAUCAGAUACAAAAGAGAUUUGAAUCUGCAGCUGCGCCAAGCUAUCUAUCCUAAAACCAGAUUUUUAAUUAUAAGGAUACGUUUCUGUGAAAAAUAUUAGAUUUCUACUGUGUGAGAAAAAUUUUGCUUGAAAUUUAAGUCGAGGAAUGCAGCACCACUUCGUUCAAGAACAUCUUUAAGAAAUUCAAACUACGACUUACAUUAAAAAAUGUG